AUGCGAGACCGAGCGCGCCCUCGUCGAGCCGUCGAGCUGGUGCAACACGUGCUGGGCCUCCUCGUGGGGCCUACACACGUCGUCACGCUCCGGCUGCUCUGGCUCGCACUCCUCUUCUACGGCGAGCGCGGCGUCUUCCAUGAUGCGGCCAAUCGCUGCCAAUGGCCCGAGCAAGCGCUGUCGGCAGGCAUCGACGCGCGCCCGCCCGUACACAUCCUUCUCGUCACAGAUCCGCAAAUCAUCGACCGCGACACCUACCCCAGCCUCCCCUUUCCCGCGCUGCUGUACCCAGUCGUGAGGCAUUUCUCGGACAACUACCUCAAGAAUGUCUGGACAAGUCUCGCGGUCAACCCGAACAAGUGGAUGAUGCGAGAAAACAUCCUGCCCUGGCAGCCACGGACGCAAGAUCGCGCUAGACCAAGCACCACGCUCGCACAACCGCCUGAUGCUGUGGUGUGGAUGGGCGAUCUGACCGACGGAGGCAGGCGGCAUCGCACCGAACAAGAGUGGGCCGCGCUCGUUCUGCGCUUCCGAAACAUCUUCUGGCGGCCACGCGAGGCCGACUGGGAGGCACCAAAGGCGACGCUCGGCAGCACCCGCCACCUCAUCGUCCCGCGAACCUCGGCGAGCAUGUACAUCCCCACCUUCCACCUAUCCGGCAACCACGACAUCGGCCUGCCCGGCACCUCGACGUCGGGGCAGCGCAUCGACGUCAACGCUGCCGACGAUGCGAUCGAGCGCUUCAAUCGCGACUUUGGCAUGAAGAUCGACGGCGGCGGCUUCGUCGUCAAGGAUCGCAAUCCAUAUCUGCGUUCCAGCCUCAAUGGUCGAAUCCUGGCCUCUACCGAUGUCUCUCUGGGUGCCACGCACGAGUUGGUGUUGGUCAAUGCGCAGGACCUCGUAGGUAUGCAGCGCCAAGGUGGAGGACCCUUUGACACCUAUCUCGCUUCGGCGCACCAGGGCGAGCUCGAUGGUGCGCUGGGAGAGGAGGCGCACAGAGCCUACAACGAGACUUACGAGUUUGUCGAAUCGGUCAAGCGCGGUGGCUUCCGCGUGCCCCGGGUGUUGCUGACGCAUGUGCCGCUCUACAGGCCAGAGGGUACGGGCUGCGACGAUGCGGCUCGAUCUGCACAGCAUGGCGUGACCAGGGAGGCAGCACGCCCGCUGCACCAGGGCACCGACCGCGGGUCCACGUACCAGAACAUGGUCUCCGAGUCCGUGUCAGACUGGGUGCUCCGAUCAAUAGACCCCGCAGCGGUAUUCAGCGGCGACGACCACGACCACUGCGAGCACCGUCACCGCAGACCAGCUGGACCUGUCGCAGAAGACGGCAGCGUCGAUGGCUUUGCACCAGGUGAAAUCCCCGAAUUGACGGUCAAGUCGGUCUCGAUGACCGAAGGUGUUCGCCGACCAGGCUUUGCGCGCCUCAGUCUCUUCUCGCCGCCGGAGUCGCCGACAGCUGGUGGAGAGCAACAGCACGCAACAAUGGCGUACACACCGUGUCUUCUGCCGGACCAGAUCGGCAUUUGGACCAAGCUCUACCUGCCGGCAUUUGUCCUCAGCCUCGUUCUGUUGGCCGUGUGGCCGCGUCGGGCUCCCUCGCGGAAUGCAUCCGGAUACCUGCCCCUGUCGAAUCCGAGAAAGCGCAACGACGACGACGACGACCUCGUGUCCGGCAGUACCGACAGCACAAGGCGAGGCGAGACGGUUGGCUCGAAAACGCAGGCGGCGAGGAAAUGGAGGCAGGAUCUGAUGGCCGUCAUUGUGGUCGCUCUGCCCUUCUGGAUCGUCUGCCAGACACAUCUUCACUUUCUCAUCUGA